UCCAGCGACGAUAAGGGGUACGAUGGCACAGGAAGUUCUGUGAAACAACAAGAGUUUACAGGUCACAUGACCUGGCUGUCACAGAAUGGACAAAAAUGGCGGUGUCCGAAAAUUAGGAAAUAUUGUCCUGGAUCAAACGGCAUUUUUCUUGUGUGACAUGCAGGAAAAAUUCCGACCUGCCAUCAAAUACUUUCCAGAUAUACUAGAAGUCUCAAAACGCAUGGUCCAAGCAUCAACAAUCCUCCAAAUCCCACUUGUUGUCACAGAACAGUAUCCAAAAGGCCUUGGCAGUACAGUGACUGAGCUGGAUGUCUCCACUGCUGUUGUUGUUGCUCCUAAAACAAAGUUCAGCAUGCUUGUGCCCGAAGUUGAGGAGAAGAUGAAGAUACUGUGCAAUGGAGAUGUGCAGCACGUUGUUCUCUUUGGAAUCGAGACUCAUGUAUGCAUACAACAGACAGCGAUUGACCUUCUAGCCAGGAACAUUGAGGUCCAUGUUGUGGCUGAUGCGUGCUCAUCUCGUAGUCAGAUGGACAGAGUUUUUGCCCUGGAGCGAUUGCGUCAGAUAGGGGCUGUAGUCACUACCAGUGAAGCCAUCCUCCUGCAGCUGGUUGGAGACAAGGACCACCCAAAGUUCAAGGAGGUGCAGUCUCUGAUCAAAGUCAGCGCCCCAGAGUCAGGGCUUGUGGCUCAACUGUGAACCAAUGUGUGGGUGUAUCUAGUGACAACAUCUCUCGUGAACUGUGAACCACUGUGUUGUGGACUUCCAUGUACCUGUUGAUUGGACAGGUUGUGAAAACUCAGUUGGUGACUCCACGUUCCCUGUGACAAACUUGUCUGGUGAUUCUUGGAGUGUUAUGAACAAUGAGCCCAAUGCUUCAGAAUGGAGCUGCAUUUAAAUCAGGGAAGGUGUACAGAAUGGUGUUAUGCUGGAUGGUGCAGUGGUAUUUGCAGCAACCUAGAAAACUUUCCACUGGUCCUGGAAAUUAUUGUACUAAAGUACAUGAAUUUCAUUGUAAGAUUUUCAAGGCCUUGGGAAGCCUGGAAGGAGAGUUUAUUUUGGAAUAUGCCCUAAAGUGUACUUGAUUUUUAAAUGUUAAAUAUCAUAUUACAGUGUCUUUGAAAUAAACAGAUAAAUAAACUACACAUACAGGUAAGUUCUUAAACCUAAUGGUUCGUGAAAAUGUUGGUGAACAAAAAUUAUGAAAUUCUUGGAAAAAAUUCUUUCACCCAUGGGGUGUAGAUAGGGUGUAAUUAAUGGAGGUGUGAAACAGAAUGAGCUUCAGGUCACUUUGUCUGCAACUCUGAGGUGGAUGUCUUUAUAUUCAAUAGAUGUACAUGUGCUGCGUCAAAGUUUUGCGAAAUUUUUAAAAAAUACAUGCAUAGUGUGGCUAAAUUGUGAGUGAUUGAAAUAUGAGUAGAUCAAAUACUCCAAAGCAACCAUUAAAAAAGUCAUAGAGCUCUUACACUUGAGGUGUAGAUCACUUGAAUGCUUCAUGGUUUUGGAUACACCUCAAUUAAUGUUUUGAGUUGCAGACCUCAUGCUGCAACUAUACUACACCACUUGACUGAUGCACUUCUGACAUUAUUAAUAUAACUCAGUGUAGAACUCAUGAAACGUGAAACAAUAUAAGAUUGUGCUAAAAUUGCAGAAAUGCACAUGUGUUUUUGAGAAAGUGUCAUAUUUAUACUUAUUGUAGCAAAUGCAAGUCAUUCAUGGUGUCAUACAGGUAAUCUCUCUUCCCAGCAUAUUAGGAAUACAGCUAAGUAUAUAAACACUUCAUAAUGUCUAUUGUAGCCAGUAUUUACUCUGUGUUGUAGUUCCUGUAUGGCUUGGUGUAUUCAAGAAUACACCAGUCCUAUGAUGGCGGUUAGGUGUACCGGUGGAGGAAACCACUUCACCAAGGCAGGAACCUGGCAUGUUUCCUGCCUUCAAGCAGGAACGGAACGAGCGAAUGUCUGAUUCAAUUAAGAAGCAACCGUCAUAGUACAGAAAGUCCACUUUCGCCAAAUUACUUGGUUUAGGUCUGUACAGGCACGUAGUUUACGUCAUAUCCAGAGAGUCGGCGUCCAAUAACAUCAGAGCAGGCAAUGCUAAAGAAAUUGUUAGGGGUUGUAUUUUAAAAAGCACUGCAUGUAUUGAGUUCAAGUUUUGCACACUUGUACAGCACAAUAACACCA